GACUUCCGAAAGUGAUCGAGAGUGGGACUGUGCCAUCUCCAGGACUGCAUCUCGAGCUGAUUCGGGCUCAGAGUGCCGAUUUCUUUUCCAGGCGAUGGCAGCACUCGGUGUCAGGCAGCCCUGUGCUUCUUCUGCUGUGUUCAGAACCCAGUCUCCGAAAUGGACCAGCUGCAUUGUGCCGGUGACUCUGAAUUGCCGAGCGCAGCAGCGAUCGUGCUGCCCGUCGAGAGUUUGUGCUAUUUGUGGGACUGAUUCAGCUGAAAAUGAUACCCACGCUUUCAAGCUUCAGAGGAGGAGGUCGCUGGUCGUUUCUAUCCUGUUACCUCUUCUUCCUGCGAUCAUUAAUUCUGAUCCAGGAAGCACAGCCUCUGCAGCGGAGGAAGAGGCAGUGCGACUGGAGCAAAUCAGGGCUGCUGUGCGGAAAUUUGUCACUAAAGCCAAGGCAGCUGGAGUUUUGAGACUGGUCUUCCACGACGCUGGUCCCUUCAAUCUUGCCACCAAGCAAGGAGGCAUGAAUGGAUCUAUUGUAUUGGAGCUUGAAAGACCGGAAAAUCAAGGCCUCAACCGAUCUAUUAAGGUUUUGUCGAAAGUCAAGGCUGCGCUGGAGCCGGAUGUUGAGGUGUCAUGGGCAGACUUGAUCGCAGUUGCUGGAGCAGAAGCCGUGAGUAUAUGCGGGGGUCCGAAGAUUGAUGUUCAACUGGGUCGACUAGACUCCUCACUACCUGAUCCUGAAGGACAAAUGCCAGAGGAAACCCUCACUGGCAGUCAGCUGAGGGAAGCAUUUCAAGCCAAAGGGUUCUCAACACAGGAGCUCGUAGCGCUAUCUGGUGCUCACAGUGUUGGAGGCAAAGGAUUUGGAGACCCGUACACAUUUGACAACAUCUACUACAAAAUCCUUCUGGAUAAACCAUGGCUUACUAAAGAAAAUGAGACAAAAAUGAUAGGCUUGGAUUCAGAUCGUGCUCUUCCAGAAGACGAAGAGUGCCUGAGGUGGGUCAAUGCAUAUGCUCAAGACCAGGACCUCUUUUUCCGAGACUUUACUAGUGCAUAUAUGAAACUCGUGGACACAGGAGUACGGAGACUUUAAUGAUUCAAGGACGAAACUCACCAGGGAGAUUGACUUUUUGCCGGGCAGACAUUGUGGAGUGAGACAAAAUCAUCGCCGCCAAGGCAAAGGCACGCGUAGAACAUGCCUUCCGUUGCCGAGAAUAGUACGAGUUAGCUGACCUGCACAAAAGUUGCUCCCUGCCUUGCUCUCCACGUUUCAGUGUAAAUUACCUCGUUCUAUCGCAAAGCGAUUCCUUCCACUAUCUUCCGUCUGGAUCCACUCGUCUAGGUGAGUCAAUGAGUCUCUUCAAGGUUGUUGAAUGGUGUCAAAUUCUGAGGACUCGGCCAUAUGCGAGGGCUCGCCCACAGAUUGGAGCAUUAAGAGGUAAUACUGGUGAAUAAUGUGCUCACUGUCAGUAUGCAGAGGUUCUU